CAGCGUCCAUUCAUUUUCCGCACCUGGAUAUGAUAGGCCAUCUGAGCUUCGGUGCUCUUUCUUGGAAUGCUUGAGGAAAUUGAGGCGUAUGUAACCUCAUGGAAUACGAUUUCAUCUUAUAUCUCUGAGCCCUUGUGGUAUGCGCGGGAUGGUCAUUCCCUAAAUCACGGAAUGAAGCAGAGACGGGCUCGAGAGUAAGUAAUUACGUGGUGACUGCGAUACGAUAUGGAUGAAGGGAUUCAGAGUCUAUACAUACAUCACUCGGAAACAUCAUCAUCAUCAUCAUCAUCAUCAUCAUCACCACACCGACACCACACCAUCCCUUUCCUUUUCUGCUCCUCAUUUUUUUCUUCUCCGCCAUCUCGAUUCGCUGUCCCCUUUACCCGCCUGCACAUCUACGAAACCACGUUGUCGCUCCGCGAACCCUUCAACCAACGCUCCCAAUACCUUCAAACCCCAUUCGAACCCUCCAAACCGAUCCUCCGCCGAUCCCAGCCCUGCCCCGGAAUCUCAAGAACUUAACAGCGUUCGCUGAGGCGUCGGGGUAGAGGCGGUAAGGAUAUAGCCGCUAGUAA